AUGGUUCUAGCAAUGCCAGGGUUGCAGUGUGGAGAGGAGACCUUACCAGUCCUUUCAGCUGUCAGUAGUGUGGAGAGGAUUCCUCACCAGUCCUUUCAGCUGUCAGCAGUGUGGAGAGGAUUCCUCACCAGUCCUUUCAGCUGUCAGCAGUGUGGAGAGGAUUCCUCACCAGUCCUUUCAGCUGUUAGUAGUGUGGAGAGGAUUCCUCACCAGUCCUUUCAGCUGUCAGCAGUGUGGAGAGGAUUCCUCACCAGUCCUUUCAGCUGUCAGCAGUGUGGAGAGGAUUCCUCACCAGUCCUUUCAGCUGUCAGCAGUGUGGAGAGGAUUCCUCACCAGUCCUUUCAGCUGUCAGUAGUGUGGAGAGGAUUCCUCACCAGUCCUUUCAGCUGUCAGCAGUGUGGAGAGGAGACCUUACCAGUCCUUUCAGCUGUUAGUAGUGUGGAGAGGAUUCCUCACCAGUCCUUUCAGCUGUCAGUAGUGUGGAGAGGAUUCCUCACCAGUCCUUUCAGCUGUCAGCAGUGUGGAGAGGAUUCCUCACCAGUCCUUUCAGCUGUCAGCAGUGUGGAGAGGAUUCCUCACCAGUCCUUUCAGCUGUCAGUAGUGUGGAGAGGAUUCCUCACCAGUCCUUUCAGCUGUCAGCAGUGUGGAGAGGAGACCUUACCAGUCCUUUCAGCUGUCAGUAGUGUGGAGAGGAGACCUUACCAGUCCUUUCAGCUGUCAGUAGUGUGGAGAAGAUUCCUCACCAGUCCUAUCAGCUGUCAGCAGUGUGGAGAGGAUUCCUCACCAGUCCUUUCAGCUGUCAGUAGUGUGGAGAGGAUUCCUCACCAGUCCUUUCAGCUGUCAGUAGUGUGGAGAGGAUUCCUCACCAGUCCUUUCAGCUGUCAGUAGUGUGGAGAAUAUUCCUCACCAGUCCUAUCAGCUGUCAGCAGU